AUGUUGGACCUGAGCUUCCUGACCGAGGAGGAGUAUGAGAAGCUGAUGAAGGUUCUGCAAAGAGAUGCAGAGCUGAAGAAGAAGGACGGGGAUCGCAUCAGGAGGAUACAAGGCUCCAUCAAGGAUGAAAAGAAGAAGAAGUUUGUGACAGGUGAAUGGUUUUCGGAAGUGAAGGCAAAACGGUUUCAAGAAGACUUGGAGGGUUCGGAUCUGCUUCGGGCAUCGAUCAGAAGGAAAAAAGGCAAACUAGAAAAUGAGGUUAACGAGCACAUCCGGAGAGGGCUGGACAGCAAAGACUCCCCAGGUCCUCCCUUCCACGAGCACGCUGCUGGCACAGGAGAGGAGAGAUCCAGCACACCCGUUCUUGAUGCUGCAGAAGAGCGUAAAAUCUUGCCAAAACCGAAGCCGAGACUUUCUGUCCCGCUGUCUGCAUCACACAAGAGAUCCAGUAUACAUGAUGUCUCUUCCUCAGAGAGUGACACUGGAGCAAGUCCAUUUGUGGCUACAACAGGCAGCUUACAUUUGUCUAGAAAAGGUAACGGACGAUCUCCACUGCCUGCCAUGCUUUCAGAGGAUGCUGUGCCUCAGCCCAGCUGUGCAGCUGGAGGAGAAGCUGUUGAUGGGGCCACUGGCACCACAGCAGGACCAAAAACUCCACCCGAAGAAGCGUAUGCUCCCAGCAAGAUACCAGUUAAGAGGAAAUCAAGCAGAGCUCUCCCCAGGUCAGAGCAGUUCGUGAAUCACCUGGGGCCAGCAGAGAACAGCGUGGCAAAGAGAGAGCUGCUGGAAAGCCCCAAAUCACUGACUGCAGAGGGGGAAAGCAGCCAGUCUGUGAAGCACGGCGUGAACUAUACAAUCUCAUCAAUGAGUAAUAAAGAGGAGGAUAUCGGCCUCGAUCGGGAACAUUUCAAGAACUUGAAGAACUUCUGGGAGAAAGGAGCAGACUCUGUGAUGGUGGGAAGUAUGCUGGAGGACUCGAGCUCGGGGGAGGCAGACGGAAGGCAGUUCAAGCUGUGCCGCUCGCUCUCCAUGCAGUCAGCUCAAGGCCAGAACAGUGAAGAAAAACACGGUGUCUUCAACAAAACAAGAGCCCCUCACAAAAGGACAAUAACUUUGUCUUCCAGCGAGGAAGAACCAAGCUACGUAGCCCCUUCAAGGAAGGGCUCGGUUGCCUUCAUUCCCAGAUCCACGUACGCCAAGAGCAAAGGAGGCCUGGUUACAAGAAACAGCUCACUGGGUGAAAGCAACGGGAAGCCGCCGGUGCCAGAGGAAGAGAAGGUGGCACAGCACAGCUCCAAGAAAUCCAGAUUGCCUGUGCGAGCGCCUUCCAUCAAAAUCGAGUCACCUACUAAAGAAGUGUCUGGCAGCACGUCUGAGCCAGAGAUGCCUGCAGACAAGUUCGUCGUGGCAGAAAAACGCAAGUAUGCAAACUGCCUGGCGAGCAGGGUGCAGAUACUCAUUGACCCUGCGCUUACAGAUGAUGAGAAAGAGCAAGGAGCAGACGUGGGUACUCAUGACAGAAUGGAAAUAAAUGGAGAGCCAGCUGAGGAAAAAGCAUGUGAGUCUUCAGACAAGCCAACAGGCAGAGCACCAGGCGGAGAGACAGAAGUUGUUCAGGGAACGGACUCAGCUGUUUACUCAGAGGAAGAUGGAGAUCAUUCUCCUGCUGCUCAGGCAUUGGCCCGAGCAAAUAACAUCAAUCUUGCAAAGAGCAUGGUGAACAUUUACACAACCACGGAGACAUACAAUAAACCUCAUCUGAUACCUCAUCAGUUUCUUGAACCUGAAAGAGUCAAAGAGCUGAGCAGAUCUUCUCCUCUCCUGUUGUCUGAGACAGAAUCAGACACGGCUUCGGAAAUCAGCUUCCAGUUUAGCAAGCACAAAAAGACGCCUAGCAUUGGCAGCCACUCCUCCGACAUGGCAUCUGUCUCCUCGGUGAGUGGCAGUGUGCUCAGUGUGUACAGUGGCGAUUUUGGGAGUGUGGAUGCCCAAGGUACUGUGGAGUUUGCACUAGAUUAUGACGAGAAGAACCGGGAGUUCCAGGUUCAUGUGUCCCAGUGCAAGGACCUGGCUGUCGUGGAUGAGAAGAAAGGCAGAUCUGACCCGUAUGUUAAAACUUAUCUGCUCCCAGACAAAGCUAGAAUGGGUAAGAGGAAAACCUCAGUGAAGAAAAGGACAGUGAAUCCCAUUUACAAUGAGGUGUUACGGUACAAAAUAGAGAAAAUGGUAUUGCUUAUCCAAAAAUUAAACCUCUCUGUUUGGCACAAUGACCCACUGGGACGUAACAGUUUCUUGGGAGAGAUUGAAAUAGACUUGGCAAGCUGGGACUGGAGCAACAGGAAACUCAACUGGUACCCGCUGAAGCCCCGGAGCCUUUCUGCUGUUAAUGGUGUGGAUCAUCGAGGAGUGAUGAAUUUGUCUAUUAAGUACGUCCCUCCAGGAAGUCUAGGUCCCAAGAAUCCUCCCUCUGGUGAAGUUCACAUUUGGGUCAAAGAUGUCAAGGACCUGCUGCAGUUGCGUCCUUCUGGAGUUGACUCCUUUGUGAAAUGCUAUGUGCUUCCAGAUACAAGUAAGAAGAGUUACCAAAAGACCCGAGUCAUCAAAAGAGACACAAACCCUAUUUUCAAUCACACUAUUGUGUAUGAUGGCUUUCAUACAGAGGAUCUAAAGGAUGCGUGCGUUGAGCUGACUGUGUGGGAUCAUGAAAAACUAACCAACCAUUUCCUUGGAGGAAUCAGGCUGGGCCUAGGGACGGGUUUGAGCUAUGGCAUCUCCGUGGACUGGAUGGACUCCACACAAGAGGAGGUGGCCUUUUGGCAGGAGAUGAUGUCUGCUACCAAUGAAUGGAUUGAGGGGUUGCUGCCACUGCGUUCGCUGGCAGGGAGGAAAAAGCUGAAAUAA